GGUCAUAUAGUGAGGAGAUUGGUUACAAAUGAAUUUCAACUUUAAAAGAGAUUGAGUGGUUCAAGAAAAGGGAGUUUUUUUCUUUCUUUCUUUCAGGAAGAGUCCGUGAUAGAGUUUUGCUUUUUUGUCGUAUGGGUAUUCGAGCAUUAGCUUUGGACUUUUGGUUUUGGAAGCUUUCUUUGGCAUUGCAGUGAAUUGAGUCUCCCAAUUUGGCUCGAGAUUUCAUUGGAACCGAAACAAUCAGGUACUUUCAAGAACCAAACUAUUAUCUAUCAAUUCGAGCAAUUUUUUAAAGUUUGUUAUCGGCCUGACAACAUUGGUUGAACCAUCUUUGAUGCAUCUGUCUCUUUAUCGAAAAUGGUACAAAGGAACAUCCGCUCGAAAAAGGUGAUUAAUCCUCGAGGAAAAAAUGAUUUCGAAAACUUUUGUCCUAAACAUAUACCCCCUCUUCCAAAUGCUCUUUUUGGUCUAGUGAAACAUUUAUCUCGCCCACCUUGGGUAAAAACUCUCGACCCACUUUACUUUGAACGUAAAGAGGUUCCUGUAAAGAAUCGAGUUACCUAUGCGAGAUGUUCCCUCUACGAUUUUCCUCGAAGAAGAUGGUGGCCAUUAUGUUGGGUCGAUAAUACCAAUCCUCCCCCUGGUAAAUGACUCUAACUAAGAAAAUUUCUCGAAUUCCACUUUGUAUUUAUCUCAUCCUCUUUCUAUGUUAUGUGUUAUACAGCUGCUAUUCCUCAAUGUGUUCCGCAACAUGUUGAACAAACUCCCUACUGGGAGAGUGAUGAUGAUGGUUAUGCCAAAGGGUCAUCAGUGAAAGGUCGAAAAAGAAAGACCGCUUCUGACAAGGCUUCUUUACGUUCUAAGAACCUCGAGACUUCGAAAAAACAAAGAAUGGAUUCGGCCAGUACCAAGACUGUUUCGACCACGAAAAAGACUGAUAAAAGGAAGGGGAAGCUAGUGAUUCCUCUUAAGAAGACUCAGAAGCCUCCUACCGAGAAACUUCUCAAGGACGCGAUGAAAUCAGUUCCUAAGUUGGCCACUUCUCAACUCAAUAUUGCUGAGAUGGCCUCCAUCAUGGCUUCAAUAGAGAUUCCCCCCCAAGUUGAAGAGGGAAAGGUUCCCCAAUCGGAACCUCUUUUGAAUGUAGAAACUCAUCAAUCUUCACAAGGUGACGCUCCUUCUUUCAAGCUCAAACCUCUCUUGAGUCCAAACAAAGGUUCGACUGAGUCUCCAAAACCUUUCACUGCUUCUCCUUCGACCCAAGGUGGUGUCGAAUCUUCUGUACAGGCACUUUCCUCAAUCCCUUCGACUGAUUUAGACUUGAUGAGUUUUUUUAAUGAAGAGGAUGAGGAUAUCAACAGCAUCUUCGAUGUUCUUGACAAUUGGACGAGAGGUCCAUCUGGGUUAGAAAAAGAAAAAGAAAGAGUUGUUGAACAAGUCUCUGAGACAACCCCGUCUUUCCAACCUUUGCUCGAAUCUUUUCGGUUGAAGGCUUAUGUAGAUGACCUGGAUCAAGCCCUCGUUGAUCCAGAAUUCAAGGUCGAAGUUGGGCAGAUGGUCGAAGAUUUGCUCGCCUAUUCUGACCUUCCUACUGCAAUCCACGUUGAGCUGCAAGAGUUUAUCAAGUCUUUCACUCUUGCUUCGGAACUUCGAUCAAAGUGGUCUACCACCUUUCAAGAGGUAGCUCAGAUUGAAGUCGAAAGCGAGGGUGAUCGUGCCAAGCUCGAAAAACUUCGCGAGGAGUUGCUCUCCAUCUAGAAAGCUACCGAGGAGAUGAUCCCCGCUUUAAAGAAAUUACAACAGGAACAAGUGGAUUGCACUGCGUCGAUCGAAGCCUUGCAACAUGAGUUGAACAACCUUCGUUCCAAACAGGCUACUCUGAAGACUCAAAGUCAAGAGGUUGUUCAACGUCAAAAGAACUUGAAGGAUGAGGGCAAAGUGGUUUCUUCGAGACUUGCAUAGACAUUGGAGCACAAGAAACACUUGGAGAGUCAAUGUGACGUUCGAAGACAGAACUUGGAUGAAGCUUAUGACGCUUUCAAAGAGUUCAAGUCCAAGUUCUGUAAUAGUUAAUUUUUUAAACAUUUGAUUUUUAAAUUUCUCUUUGUAUUGGACACAUAUUUUAACAUUCUGUUCUUUUAUGA